AUGAGCGCCGUAGACGAGGAUAUCCACGUUUUCACGACAGUGAUGCACAAGGCCUUCAUUCUUGGAAAUCAAUAUCGUCAUAAAUAUAGCACAAGCGUUCUAGAGACAUAUAUACAAGGAAACAAGGUGCCAUUCAGUUUCCUUUUUAUGCUCGUUGUUCAAUUUGUUACUAUCGUAACGGAGCGUGCGAUAUACUUACGAAAAGCGUUGGUUGUCAAAAUUGUGUUCCAUUUCGUAACAGUUAUUGGAAUACAUAUAUGGAUGUUCUUUUUAGUGCCAUAUGUUACAGCGCACAGUUUCGGGGCUACUGCACCAACUGUCUUUUAUCUUAUCAAAUGCCUUCAUAUGUUAUUAUCAGCCUAUCAGAUGCGUUGUGGUUACCCAAGGCGCAUUUUGGGAAAUGUAUUUACAAAGAGUUUUUCAAUGGUUAACUAUGUAGCGUUUAAAGUUUAUAUGGAAAUACCAUUUCUCUAUAUUCUUCGAACAAUGCUGGACUGGUUAUGCAUUGAUACCACACUUACAGUUAUGGAAUGGAUUAAGAUGGAAGAUAUUUUUCAAUCUGUAUUUAUUGUACGUUGCUAUAGGCAAAUGGAUUCAGAUUUCCCAGUUUUACGGGGAGAGCCUAAGGCGUUUUAUGCUAAAUGCCUAAUAGGUGGAACUAUUAUAUUAAUAUUAGUAGCACUCAUAUGGAGCCCAUUAUUUCUUUUUGCUCUUGUCGGAACAGUGGGCAAACCAAAUGUUCCUCGCAGAGCUGAUAUAGCCGUUAAAAUUGGACAUUAUGAACCUAUUUAUGUUUCUCAAAGUUAUUCGGGUAUACACCAGUUUACUGAAGAUAACUAUAAAGAGCUGAUUAAGAGCUUUAAUUUCGAUAUAGUUGCCACUGAUCACAUAAUGAUAUAUGAUUCCGUGGAUAUUACCGCAGUUAAAUUUGAUGCCAACUCUGUGACAUUAUGGAAUAUGUCACCACCGGAUAAAAAACGUUUGUUAAGCGACUUAAAGACAGGUAAAAACAUGGAUAUUCGCAUAAGAUUAUCAUUCAAUUGCGGCGUUAUGACUGAUACAAUACUAUAUGAAACGACAUACUCCCUAACCAAGAAUAGGGAAUUGACACGUGAAAUGCUCAUAAAAACGCUGUCUGAUGAAAAUAGUAAUGAAAAAGUCGUUGUACCUGAAAUAUUACCAAAAUUCAUUACAGUUCAGAAAAUGCAGGUGUAUGUAAACUUUAUCAAAGAUUUCGAUGGGUUCGUCGGCCGUCGAGGAGUCCCACAGACCGUCCAUUGCGACAACGCGACGAGCUUCGUAGGAGCAAGUCGCCAGUUCCUGGAGUUGCGAGCUCGAAUCGAGGAAGAGGCGGACGCAAUUCGCGAAUUCGCAUCAAAAUGCAGAUGCGAAUUUGCGUUAAUACCGCCAAGAGCUACGCACUUCAGGGGCCUGUGGGAGGCAGGUGUGAAGUCUGCGAAGCACCUACUCCUACGGACGGUAGGCAGCCUGUUGCUAACGUCCGAAAAACUGCAGACGACUCUUGUCGCAGUGGAAGCCGUCCUCAAUUCCAGACCCCUGGGAGCAAUAAUCGAGGACCCAAGCGAUGGCGAGGCUCUAACGCCAGGCCACCUACUGCAACAGUUUUGGCUGCGAUGGUCAAAGGACUAUGUGCUCGGACUCCAAGUGCGGAGCAAGUGGCACCGUCGCCUGCCAAACGUCAUCGUGGGAGAGAUGGUGGUCGUCGCCGAGGACAAUCUGCCGCCCCAGCAGUGGCUGAUCGGCAGAGUAACGGCAGUGCACGCAGGAGAAGACGGAGUCGUUAGAGUGGCAGAGAUUAAGACGGCUACUGGCGGAAAUUUUAAAAGGCCGAUCCACAAGUUGGCUCGGCUACCCGUGGAAUGA